CAUCGUUAGAAAAAAAAAGACGAAUGUUGUGGAAAAGCGAUCCUAACCUCACUGUUUUACUAUUUUGUAUUUCUUUUUUAUAAUUUCUGUAUUAGUUAUUAAAAAAGUGUUUGCUAUUUAGUCCUUAAUUACUGCUAUAAAGCACAAUGAAUUUGCUCCCGAAAACCAAGGAAGAAUUCAGUCAAAAAGAGUACUGGGAUGCAUUUUUCAAAAAGCGAGGUAAUAAGGCUUUUGAAUGGUACGGGGAAUACCCUGAACUAUCAAAAUAUCUUCACAAAUAUGUAAAAGUCCAAGACGAGGUACUUAUAGUUGGAUGUGGUAAUUCCACCCUAGGGAGGGACUUAUAUGACGUUGGAUGCCGAAACAUAACAAACAUUGAUAUAUCUAAUGUAGUAAUCCGGCAAAUGCUCUCACAAAAUGACAAGGAACGCCCCGGCCUAAAAUACCUCCAAAUGGAUGCCUUAAAUACUACUUUCACUGAUGACCAAUUCAGUGUUAUUAUUGACAAAGGAACCCUAGAUGCUCUAAUGCCAGAUGAUUCUCCAGAAACCAUCGAAAGAAUUGACACCUAUUUUUGCGAGAUUCAAAGGAUACUUAAAACUGCCGGGAGAUACAUCUGUAUUUCUUUAUUGCAAGAGCAUAUUUUAGAAAAAUGUCUGAAUUACUUCCCCGCUAAUAACUGGAUGUUUAGGGCAGUAAGAUGUUUUGAAUCUGAGGCUAAAGCGGUUGAAAAUGGAGAGAGUCCUAUGCCAACCUUCAUGGUUGUUUGUACAAAAUUUAAAAAGUUGCCAAUGAAGGUUUUAGAAAUUAAUUUAGGUUCACAAGACAAAAUGCAAAAAUGUGAGACUAUUGAAGACCUGACUGAACAUAUUGCUAGUGCCCAAAAGGCAGCAUUUGUAUGCUCAUCUUUAAAAAAGUCGAACAUCGGAGGAGACAAUGAAAUUAGCAUGGAAAUAUUUGAUCAAUCCAAUCAAACCCAACCGAGAUAUACCAUUUAUAUUGUGGAAACUGCCCCUGAGAAGGCUAAUGCUUCUUAUGCAGCUUUUAUUGUACCUGAAGGAAGGGAAUCUGAGUGGCUCUUCUCAACUAAAGCAGGCAGGAGUAACUUGGUAAAAGCCAGUAAUAAUACUCGCUUAAGCAUUGUCACUAUGCACAGAGGGCAAAAAUAUGAAUCUUUAGAGGCUGUUAAACAAGAACUGGCAGAUAUCGUUUGCAAUUUGGCCCCAGCCAAUUUAAGUACCAGAAAGAUUCCUUUUUUGACUUUAGGUUCAGACCUGGGAAAACGCACAGUUAUCUACGAAGGCACUUCCUAUUUCACAGGUGAUUACGUCAUCGAAGAUGUUGAACAUGAAGACGGUCAAAAAUAUCGUAGACUCUUCUUCCUCAGCUCUCAGCUGGUCAUACAAUCAGAAGCAAAACUGAAAACCAUUAGGGCGAGAAACGGGAAAAGAAAAACUAUUGUGGACUUGGCGAGCCUCACUUGCCCUCACCAUAUUUACAUGAACAUCCCUGCUUAUAUGGUGGCAAAUGAUAAAAAAGAUGCGAAAAUUGCCAUUUUAGGUUUGGGUGGGGGUGCACAGUGUUCAUUUAUGCACAAGCUUUUACCGCAAGCUGAUAUUACUGGGGUGGAUAUCGAUUCUGAAAUGUUAAAAAUUGCUACCCAAUGGUUCGAUUUUAAGCCUGACGACAAAUUAAAAGCUAAGAUACAAGACGGGUUGGAGUAUAUUAUGGAGUUAGCCAAAGCAGAUGAACAGAUCGAUGCACUUUUAUUGGACGUGGACAGUAAAAACACCACCAUAGGCAUGAGUUGUCCCCCAAAAGAAUUCCUCUCGACAGAAAUCCUCGGGGCCAUAGCCAAAAUAACAGGAAAAACUGGCAUUUUCGUCGCUAACUUGGUCAUAAGAGACUCAAAUAUCAGACCGGGCGUUUUGGCCUCGCUCAAAACCCACUUCAGCAAAAUAAUUUCCUAUAAACUUACAGAAGAUUUAAACGAAGUGUGCAUUUGCACUAACAUGGACGUUAGUGCAAAGGACUUUAUUGCCAAUUUGAGUAAAGCCAGUGAGUCUUUAAAUUCAUUUUUCAAGAGGAAUCAUGUGUCUGAUGACGUAGAUAUUGUUGAGUAUGUUAAGAGUUUAAAAAUAAAUAGUUGACUGUAAAAA